AUGGCGAGGUCAGGCCUGCAGCAGGAGGUCAUCAACCUGUACCGGCAGGGCGUCCGCAACGCCAUGUCCAAGGGCAAGGACCAGCGAAACCAGUUCCUCAUUCACCUGCGGUACAACUUCCACCACCCGCCGCUCACGGCGCGCGACUACGCUGCGAUCGAGCACCAGAUCCGCAAGUUCGGGCGUACCCUCGAGAUGCUGUCCGAGCCCAGCGUGCGGCAUAUCGGCGUCAGCAGCGACAUGGAGGACUGGUGGGCCAACGAGGUGGCGCGGGCGCGGGCGCGCGCCGAGAAGGCCGCUCUCAAGAAGUAG